AUGAAACCGUCAGUGACAGAUGGAUCCAGAGUGUACAGGCGAAAGCCCGAGACUCCAGCUGUCAAAAACAUAUUGAAAGACUGGGAUCAGGACCGACGUGAGGUUGCAGUUCUUGACCUCAGUCGUGUAAUUAAUCUUCUAGAAGAUCCUUUACAAAGCAGUUUUAAAGAACGACAUCUUUUUGUUCUGAGGAGGGUGGUGAAGAGAUGCGAAAGAGGUUUUCUUUUGAGAGAUAUCGCAGAUAUUUUUAAAAUUCUAAACCUGUGUGCGGACAGGGUGAAAGAUCACCCUGAAUACAUCUCCAUUUUAUGCGACUUACUUCAUAUAUGCAGGCUCCCGUUCUUAAAGGAGAGGACCUCUGAUGAGAUGAAUUAUGCCCAGGUUGUGAGUGAAUCGAUUUCUCAGAUGGGUUAUCUGAUGAGAGUGGGGGAUGCUGAGGUAAGAGAGCAGAUCUGUGGAGCCAUCAUCUCGUUCUACAGUCCUGUAACAUACAAGCAUUACCCUGAUGGGCUCUGUCCAACAAGUCCGGGUUAUAAGAUCGAGCUGGUGGAGCGGAGUGGAUUGGCUGAGACGCUAGUGAUGUCCAUGGGCCUGCUGGAGAAACAGCUGUCGGUGAAGCUCCAGGUCCUGCAGACUCUUCAGAUCCUGUCCAGCUACUCAGAGGUGAACUGCAGUUUGAUACUACGCGCACAGGGAGCACAGAAGAUCUGCUUUCACAUGAACGAACCGGAUCCUUCAGGACAAGUCCUAUUCCGUUCCGCUGAGAUCCUGUGGAACCUUCUAGAAAAAGGAUCAAAAGAAGAAGUCACCUCUCAGCUCAGCAACAUGGACUGUAUCAUGGCUUUGAGAGAUGCAUUUCUGCACCAGCUUUUGAAUGGCUUUCGACAUUAUGACCAGCAACUCAGAAACGAUUUGCUUGUGAUUACGACCCUGAUUGCUGAAAACCCUAAAGCUCCACUUGUCGAAAGUGGAUUUGCCAAGCAGCUUAUCCUUUUUGUCACAUUUCCCGAAUUCAAAAGCCAUAACCCUCUUGUCCGUAAAUUCAAACUGUCAUACAACAAUGAGGAUUUUGAAAUGAAGAAGUUGCUGUUGAACUUGGUUGUUGUCUUGUCCAAGGACUUAUCAGCUCUCCAGCUGCUUAAAGAAGGAAAAGUCAUACUGGCUUUGAUGACAUUGAUCAGACACACACCCACUGAUGCCCAGCCGACUGGCCGCAGUUGGUCCUCCAUCCAGCAGGAGGAGCUGCAGCUCCAGGCAUUGGCCACUCUGGCCUCCGUAGCCCCACUGCUGCUUGAGGACUACAUGACCUGCCAGGGGAACACCUGUCUGCUCAUGCUACUGGAGUGGUGCACCAAACAAGAUAACUAUUUCGGACAGGGCCACAGUUUCCACGGCACUGGUGGGAGGGGUGGAAAAAAGGCUCAUUUGCGCCAUUGUGUGCGGCUCCUGAGGUCCAUAGGAUCUCUAGGCAACCCUGAGAUAAACCAGGACCUGUGUGAUCAGGGAGCCAUCACUCAGCUCCUGGGUGUUUUAAAGCAGUUAGAGGAACAGCAAGGGGAGGAGAAUUCUGUCUCCAUGGAGAUAAAGAUGGAUAUUCAGGUCAUUGUGUCAUCACUCUGCGAGGGUGAUCUGCACAGAAAGGAGCUGUAUGGACCAGAGAUAGUGGAAAUGACCACUCAUUUUCUGAGGAUGAUUCCAGCAAAGCUCAACAGUGGUUUGGGACACAACAAACUCAUCCUCUCUACCGUGGAUUGUGUCUGGUCAUGCAUUGUUGGAUGUUACACUGCGGAGGACCUGUUUUUUGCAAAUGGAGGUGUUUUUCUUUUGCUUGAUCUGCUCCACACGUGUCCCAGAAACAUGCAAUCUGUAGUGCUUGGAAGUCUUUUGGAGCUGUGUGACAACCCCACUACACUGUCCCUUAUCCUGGCCUGGAGGGCCCACGGCGGGCUGACCGCCCCACGGCUACUGCUUCAGCUCUGGAGACGGGAAGAGGAUGAGCUGGGAGUGAAGAGGGAUCAGCAUGGGAAAAUAACUGAUCCAAAGAAGCCCAUGUUGACUUCAUAUCAGGAGGAGGAGCCUUCGGAGUCACUGCCCGUGAAUGGACUCAGCGCUGCAGUGGUGGAUGUGUUUGACAAUCUGCGGGCAAAGAUUUACUCCGUCUUCUGUAAACUAGGAUUUGAAGAUCUGCCUGGACUGGACACAGAUGACUUCAUAACUCUCAGUAUAGUUAGAAGAUACUUGGAUUUUAAGGUCGGAGAGGUGUGGAAUGAGAUCUCUGCAGAGCUGGCUUUGGAAGGAGUGAGGCCGGUGACUCCAGACGCGGACGCUUUGGAAACCAUCGCGAGGACGGCGGAAGACACCGCCAGGAAGGUUAUGGCAAUGCAGCAGAGCAUGCUGGACAGGCAGAAGGAGAAGGAGCUAGAGGAAGAGAAACUCCUGUACACAGAGAUGCGCUCCAAUCGCAAGCAGAAAGAGCUGGAUGCAAAGUCUUGGGAGCGCCAUGUUGCUAAGACAUCCAGUUACAAGAUUUUAAAGGAGUCUAAGAAGCUUCAGGAGAAAUCUAUUGAGUCUUCCAGACCGCACACCAAACAAGAGGACUCUGUUUUUCACUCAACCCAGAUCUCUGGCUUACAAACAACAAAUUUCUGUGGUCGCGUGCUGACCAUUGAGAGUACACCUGCACACCUGACUGGAGGACCCUUGGCUAACACUGACCUGGCCCUGGAAAGAGUACCCAUUCAGGGAGGGGCCCUACAGAAAGUCACUGCACCGGCCCAAGACCUAGAGUUUCAAAGCACAGUUUCAGUCAAAUAA